CGCAUCUCUCCCACUAACCACCAUCUCUUCACCAAUCCGUAGCCAGUUUUAAUGGCAUUGGGCCUCCCUCUUUGGAGAUUUAGAGCGCCUUCUGGCCUUGUUACCUUUACCUUAUUUUCAUUUGUUUUAUACAAUUUCAGGAAUCAUCCGCAGUCGCUCAAGAGCCCGCGUCGAACACAACCAACUCGACAUCAUUGCCCAAAGUUCUUUUGGUAUCAGCCUUCUAUCCAAUUUACCCGUCGAAUCAUAGAGCCUCUGGGUACAGGAAAUGGCUAUCCACUUUUUUGGGCCAAAUAACCACUGAUAUCUACCUGUUUACCUCUCCGGACAUGACCGAAAUCGUACGGGACCUCAGAAGCUCUCUGCCUAUUAUUAUUGACACCACAUACACCUCUCCCUUCAGCAUCCCCCCUCUACGUGGCCGAAUUGACAGAUAUGUUCAGAUGAAAGGCUUGGACCGCCACCCAGGGGAGCAUUCAGUGGAGCUGUACGCGACGCGGAAUGGAAAACCGUUCUUCGUCUACGAGGCGGUGAGGAAUCUGAGCUCGAAGUACGAUUAUGCAUUUUGGAUAGAUGUGGAGAGCUGGGGGACUGGCUAUGGUAAUAUUGCUUGGCCCGAUGCCAUGAGCACCCAGGAAGUCUUGGCAACCGGACGCGAAGUCCGUGACUGUAUUUUCUUUCCCAUCCAUGCACUUCCUCAUACAACCAUGAAAUACUGGGGGGACCAACUCGGACCCAUAGACAAUGCUUUCAGCCAGAGUUCGUUCUUCGGUGGUUCCUUACAGGCACUGGACUAGUGGCAGAGAAUGUUUUACAGAUAUCAUGAUGAUUACCUCUCGCAAGGUGUCUUUGUCGGUGACGAUGAGACCCUUGCUAACGCUCUUUUCCUUCUUUUCCCAUCUCGUAUGGUCACGGUUGACCUCGAUGUUUGUGAAAGCUAUCGGUAUCCCCUUGCAAGUCCCUUGGAUCGGCAUCGCAUACGCAACGCGUGGGACAUGUGGAAUUGGUUGGAAUUCUGGAAUUUCAGGCAUGCCAAGGAGUCGUGUUUGACGCCGAGGUCCACGUCAAUGAUGGCUGUUUUAAAAGCACGAUUUGGGCAAGGCUGGACGCCGCCCAGGGCCACCUUGGUGAGCUAAGCUAAUGUGGGAUUUUCAAUGAACAAC